CCUGCCGGCCCAGACAAGAGACCGCCAGGGCCCAGCCAUUAAAGUCAGCCUCACUAUGCUGCCGCCCUGGUCACGCGGGUUAUAUCCCUCGCGGGCCCUCGGUGUCGAUAAAUCGGUCCAAAUUGCGGAAUUUCCAGGUUUCCCUGCGAGAUCGCGUUCAUGACAUACAGCACCUUGCCCCCGGGGGUCUCGCCCCCGUUGGCGGAGGACAACGAGUACAACCAUACUGGGCUCGUGAUCAUCUUUGCCAGUGUCUGCCUGUUCUUGAUUCUCUCCUCGCUGGGCAUGCGCAUCUAUGCGACAUCCAAACGGUCGGUCUUGUUGAGCGAUGAUUACCUGCUCACUGUCGCGGUUGCUGUUGCUGUAGCACAGAUUAGUGUCGUGUUAUACCAGGCCCAUCUGGGCUGGGGUAAGAGUCAUGAUCUUCUUGAUCCCUCGAGGACAGCGAACAUGGAAAAGAGCGCCUACGCGUCGGAUCUGCUCUAUAUCGCCAUCCUAGGGUUGUCCAAAUGCUGCACCAGUGUCUUCUAUGAGCACCUAUCCACCUUCACAUCGCGCUGGCUCACAAGAGGUCUGCUGGUUCUCUCGAUGGCCUGGACUCUGAUCUCGAUCCUCUUGGUUGCCAUCCGAUGCAGCCACGAUCCAUGGGAAGAUAUCAAUCACGUCUGUGGGCCGCUGCUAUCUCACUGGACAGCCAUCACCAUCCUCGAUGUCAUCCUCGAAGUCCUGUUGCUGGCAUACCCCGUGAAGCUCAUCUACCGGGUUCGUCUCGGUCGCUCCCGCAAGCUGGCCGUUCUGUCCAUCCUGGGUUGCCGGGGGAUCCUAAUUCCUCUCGCUGUCCUCCACUAUAUCUCUAUUCACAAACAGAUUUCCUCCUCCGAUCCCACCUUAGUUGGUGCCUACGCCACCGUCAUCGAAGAGCUCCAUCUCUCGAUCAGCAUCCUCCUACUGACCCUCUCCUCCGUCAAACUGUUUCUCGCUACCUACGAAGAUGACGACGGACUGGCAUACACGAACGAUGCAUCGCGGGGGAAAAGCCAGUUACGCUCCCGAUCCCGAAAGACACUUACCUUUCCGCGAUCGGUGACUACUCGUCCAUGGGAUAAUAUGGAGGAGCCGAUCCUGUAUGAUCCGGAUCGAAUGAUCAUGAAAGCGGUGCAAAUCGAGGUGACCAGCGAGGUGGUGGAGAUGCAGGAUCGGAAUCGGUAUUCGGGGAUGAUUGCCCCGAGCGAUGCCUAAUGGGUUCUUUCUGUCGUUAACCUCAUUCUUAGAUCCUUAUUCUAAUACAAGUGUUGGCUAACACAGGGCGUGUCCAUAUCUACCGGCUACCCCCGGCAGCAGGCUGAAGGGACAUCUGGAACUAGGCUGCAACGAACGUCA